AUGACAAGACAUUCUUCGACAAAACAAGAUGAAUUAAAUGGAUUAAGUAAUAUACAACUUUCCGAUAUAUCUUCUUUGAAUGAUGAUGAAAAACAACAUAUUUUAAAAGUACUAUGUCGAGAUGAAGAAUUGCGUUCGCAGCACUUAACACGAUUUAUGCAACUUCGUAAGGAAAUUGAUGAAUUAGAAUCAAUUGAACAAACGGAUAGUACAAAACAGUGUGCUCGAUGUCAAACACCGUUUGGUUUCAUCUUUAACAAAGGUGAUUGUUGUCCAAAAUGUGGUGCUAAAGUUUGUAACCAAUGUCGAUUAAUUUAUAAUGGAAAUCAGUCAGGAUGGUUAUGCCAGUUAUGUUGCAAACAAAUACAAUUAUUUAGUUUUUCUGGCGAAUGGAUAAACCUGUUAGGAAGCAAUGUACGAAAAAACUCUGUGGCAGCUUCCGAAGAAUUAAGAAAAUCUUUGACACCAUCCUCUACGCAGAAGUUUCAUAGUGAACCAAGUUUUGAAGAAGAACCCGAAGGUUCACAACCAGAUGUAUAUAAAAAAGUUGUAGACGAUAAUCCAGAUCAAGGUCGACAAAAGUCGAUUAGUAGCGUGGAAAAUACCGCAGAUCCAAAUGUUGUCCCUCUAUCAUAUCCAGAAAGUAUGUAA